AUGUUAUCUCGCGGUGGUAAUCCCACAACACUCAGCUCUCCCAACACCUGCCUGGCGCGAGUUGCUCUUGUGAAGGUUACUGACCCUCACUCACCCCCACCCCCUGCUGUCUCAUUCAUCAGCCGAGUCUCAUUCAUCAGCUGUCUCAUUCAUCAGCCGAGUCUCAUUCAUCAGCUGUCUCAUUCAUCAGCCGAGUCUCAUUCAUCAGCCGAGUCUCAUUCAUCAGCAGAGUCUCAUUCAUCAGCAGAGUCUCAUUCAUCAGCAGAGUCUCAUUCAUCAGCAGAGUCUCAUUCAUCAGCCGAGUCUCAUUCAUCAGUAGAGUCUCAUUCAUCAGUAGAGUCUCAUUCAUCAGCAGAGUCUCAUUCAUCAGCAGAGUCUCAUUCAUCAGCAGAGUCUCAUUCAUCAGCCGAGUCUCAUUCAUCAGCAGAGUCUCAUUCAUCAGUAGAGUCUCAUUCAUCAGCCGAGUCUCAUUCAUCAGCAGAGUCUCAUUCAUCAGCCGAGUCUCAUUCAUCAGCCGAGUCUCAUUCAUCAGCAGAGUCUCAUUCAUCAGCAGAGUCUCAUUCAUCAGCAGAGUCUCAUUCAUCAGCAGAGUCUCAUUCAUCAGCAGAGUCUCAUUCAUCAGCCGAGUCUCAUUCAUCAGCAGAGUCUCAUUCAUCAGCAGAGUCUCAUUCAUCAGCAGAGUCUCAUUCAUCAGCAGAGUCUCAUUCGCUAUACCCUCUUCCCCACCGUGUUACAACAGCGUGA